GGGUUGAUGCCAAAUGGGCAAGAAGUAGCUGUGAAGAAGCUAUCACUGAAUUCAAGACAGGGACUGAGAGAAUUCACUAAUGAGGUGAAACUGUUAUUGAAAAUUCAACACAAGAACUUGGUGACAUUAUUGGGAUGUUGUGCUGAAGGACCUGAGAAGAUGCUUGUGUACGAGUACCUUCCAAACAAGAGCCUUGACUAUUUCCUUUUCGAUAAAACUAAGUCUCCAUCGUUGGAUUGGUCGAAACGCUUUCAAAUAGUUACAGGCAUUGCAAGAGGUCUUCUCUACCUACACGAAGAAGCUCCUGAAAGGAUCAUCCAUAGAGACAUUAAAGCCAGUAAUAUUUUGUUAGAUGAACAGUUAAAUCCGAAGAUCUCAGAUUUCGGCUUGGCUAGGCUUUUCCCUGGGGAAGACACCCAUGUAAAUACAUUUCGGAUUUCUGGUACUCACGGUUAUAUGGCUCCUGAAUAUGCAAUACAUGGCUACUUGUCUGUGAAAACGGAUGUGUUCAGUUUUGGAGUUUUAGUGUUGGAGAUAGUGAGUGGAAGAAAGAAUCAUGCUAAGGAGCUUGGUGGAGAGAAGGCUGAUCUCUUAAACUACACAUGGACGCUCUUUCAAGCCAGGAAAACAUUGGAAUUAGUUGACCCAAGUCUUGCAAAAUAUAUUCCAGAUGAGGCAGCAAUGUGCAUUCAGCUAGGGUUGUUAUGCUGUCAAGCAAGUGUCCAUGACAGGCCCGAUAUGAACUCUGUUCAUCUUAUGCUGUCAAGCGAUUCGUUUACUUUGGCAAAACCUGGAAAACCCGGGCUUCAAGGCCGCAAAGGGCAGUGGAAUACCACCACCACAUCUGCAGCAUUUAGUAGCACUAAUCCCGGUAGUACCAACACAGCCACAACCAGGGUUUCUGGAGGUAGUAGUUUUGUUGAGGAGUUUUCUAGGAAUUCUAUAUCUUAUUCUUCCAUGGAUGAAGGUAGAUAGAUGGCGCCUCUCCAUUGAUGUAAAGCUUUGUUAUUAUUGAUUGUAACUUCUUCUAUAUAUAGUUACAGGUAAAAUUCUUUAUUUUGCAUUUUUUAGUACGAAACUGUUUUGCAUUAUUUGUAGUGGAAGUUCUCUGAGGCUUUCUCUAGCAAAGUAAUAGGUUAUUUUACAGAAAAUUCAUACAGAAUCGGCUACUAGCUUAGUGUUGUAACAUUUUUGUAAUUGAUAAUUAUCUUAGUGGAUUUUUUAUUUUGAAGUGAUA